AUGGCUUGGCAGACUAAUGGGAUAAAUCGGCAUAUGAAACUCAUGGAGACUGAAGCUGUAUUGCAGGCUUAUAUAGUCGUUCCCACUUGCCAGGUGACGGAGAGAUGCCUCUCCAUGAAUCCCCAGCUUCAGAGAUCUCCCCAAGAUGCCUCGUUCCACUCUUCUGAACCUAAAUCUGUAAAGCAAGUUCGUCCAAUACUCCGUGGAUCCUCCAGAGGCGACAGUCGCCCACAGUACAAGGGCGUCAGUGCUCACAUAAUUAUUAAUUGUAGUAGUAGUAGUAGUAGUAGUAGUAGUAGUAGUAGUAGUAGUAGUAGUAGUAGUAGUAGUAGUAGUAGUAGUAGUAGUAGUAGUAGACAACAUUCUUGUAGAACAAAAAAAAAAUGCUACCAGUUUGCAUUUGAUGCUUCCACUGAACAAAACGUCGUAUGCAAAGGCAGGAAUGACUCUCGUGAAGUAAAUUUAAAGUCUUCGCCCAACCAUUUGCAAUCGACGAAGUGGCAUGAGGGGAAGUGGGAAGUGCCAUAA